AUGUCAAGAAGCUCCCAUCCGCAUCAGGUGCUUCUUUCUUCCAUCUACAAGUCAUUUAGUUCCCUCUAUGGCCCAAGCCACAUUCGUGCAGGCGUCAGCAAUAGGCGGGAGCAGUGGUCUUUGUUUAUGGGGUUGGUCCUAGGCAUAGGCCUUGCCACAAUAUUCAAUGCCUUCCUGCUCCAUACGGCAGAGUCCCGGCGUCCAGACCCACAUGCAUCGUCAUCUUUGACUUCGUCAUUCCUCCCCCGCGCAAUUCGCUCCUUUUUCUCCCUCCCCUUUCCGUCGUCAACAAGAUCCACCGUCCCCACCAUUGGCGUGUCAGGAAAACGGCCCAAGAUUCUUCUGUUCGGUGACAGCUUGACGCAGCGUGGCUUCGAAGGUCCUGGACAAGGAUGGGCUGCCGGCCUUGCCCACGCCUACGGCCGUCGGGCCGACAUCGUGAACCGGGGGUUCUCAGGUUACACGACGAAAUGGUGCGCUUUGAUGGCCCCCAGGCUUUUCCCUGCCGGGGACCCCGCUUGGGAAGUGCCGGCGCUGGCCAUUGUUUUUUUGGGUGCCAACGACGCUGCCUUACCUAGUCGGGAGCAACAUGUGCCCGUGCAUGAGUAUGAACAGCACCUGCGUCGCAUUGUCAGCCACCUGCAAGGACGACGGCGGGAGGACGGGUCGGCCACACGCGUCCUCCUUCUCACGCCCCCGCCCGUGGACGAGGCGCGGUGGGAGGUGCAUUGUCAGAGCCGAGGCCGGCCUCUGGAUCGGAAGAAUGAGGUGACGCGGCUGUAUGCCAGAGCGAGCAAAGGGGUGGCGAGGGAGAUGCAAGUGCCGGUGGUCGACUUGUGGAGAAGGCUGGGGGGGAGGAGUCCGGAGGCGGUCGCCCCAAACCUGGGCGAUGGCUUACACCUGUCCGCGCAGGGUAGUGUCUUGGUCUAUGAGGCUGUCUUGACAGCGAUCGAGGAAAACUACCCGGAUUUGGCACCUUCCCAGUUGCCGAUGCAGGCGCCCGAGCACUUUGAAUUGACGAGUCAGACCCAGAGCAUCGAGGUGAACUAG